AUGUGCAAUGCGGAGCAAGUGUUGGCCCAAGCCCGGAAGAGAAAACGCAGGACGAGCAUCGAGACCAACGUGAAGGGGACGCUGGAAAGCUUCUUCCGCAAGUGCGUGAAGCCCAGUCCUCAGGAGAUCUCCCAGAUCGCCGAGGACCUCAACCUGGACAAAGAUGUGGUGCGGGUCUGGUUCUGCAACCGGCGCCAGAAAGGCAAACGGCUGCUGCUGCCCUUCGGCAACGAGGCGGAGGGGGUGAUGUACGACAUGAACCAGUCCCUGGUGCCCCCCGGCCUG